CACUCUGUUCACUUGCGUCUGGACGAUCACCUGUGUUUGAGUACGCUCGAGUCUAUCAUUGAACUUAUUGUUGGAAAAUCUUCGUUGUCAUUUCGACAGUCUACUUUGUUCUGUAUUUGAUGUACAGCAACAAAACAUCUAUGGAGUUUAUUGAAGGAAGCAGAGGCAUCUACAGACCCAUCAGGGUGUUGUUUGACACACCUAUUUAUGAGCGGGCUCUGCAGAUCUGCUGGCACAUGCCCUCCUACAAGAUUCAUAUUGCACUGGUGGCUGAAUUUUUGAGGCUUCAGCAGGAAAAACAGCUCUCAUCUGCUGUGACUGCUGAAGACAUGACUGAGCUUCUGAUGCAGGAGAGCAAAAGCACACUGAGAGUGCAACUCUGGGAGUUUGAACUGGAGGACUUUGAUGACGAUGAGGUCAGACCUCUUCUCAAGCUGGUGUGGGAAGUGAACAACAACAUGAAGAUGAGGGACAUUGAGUUUGAAGCCAGAAGGCUCCUCAAGUUACCAGAGACCAUCCCUCCUCAGUUUCAACAUCCCAAGAUCAUCAGCCAGGCUCACAAGUACGCCAAGAGCCUGACAGAGCAGCUCCAGGAGGCCUCCAUCUCCAACCUGCUGGGCCCACGUGAGGUGGUGAUGGAGGUUGUUCCAAAAGUCCUGCAGGGCUUCUGGCUGCCUCCUCCAAACACUGCCUUCAAUAUGCCCUCCCAGCAGUUCAGCAAAAUGGCUGUUGGGGUAACAAAAGCAGUUGAGGACCGUGUGUCCACUGCUCUGUCCUCCAUGCUCCUUCAGGUCUCCUUCUCUCGCUCCAUCAGAGACGACGUGGUCCUGUCUAUCCAGGAAACCGUUGGACAGGUUUACACUCAAGACGUCCUGGUGAAGAAGCUCAACUGCUUUGCAGCUGAACUGCUGAACACCAUCAGUGAUGUUGCAGCAGAGAGGAUCUGUGUGCUGUUUCAGCCUCAGACUUUCACAAAAGUGCCUGUAUGUAUGAACACUGACAAGGAUCACACCCUGCCAGCAGAUGUGGUGGAUGGUGGAGGUCUACCUGGUCUGGAGGAGGACACUGAACCAGAACCAGACUCUGCUGUCACUACUCCUCCACCAGCUCCUGCGACCAUCACUGCUGAACCUCCUGCCAACACUGCCAUCCACAAUGACUUGAACAACAGCCUGGAUGAGGCAGAGGAACAGCCAGUGCCCAGGCCAGAACCAGACUCUGCUGUGGUUCCAGUCCCACCACCGAUUCCACUGAUUCCCACUGAUGAAGCUCCUGCCAUCACUGCGGUCCAGGAGGGUUUGACAACCAGCCAGACUGAACCAGAACAGCAGCCUACUCCUAUCCCAGAACCAGACUCUCCUCUUGUACGUGCUCCUCUGACCCCUCACACUGAACCUUCAGUCACUGCUGAGGAGCCGACCAAAGAACCAGAAACUACUCUUCCACCAGCUCCUGCGACCACCACUGCUGACACUGCCAUCCACAAUGGCUUGAACAACAGCCUGGAUGAAGCAGAGGAACAGCCAGUGCCCAAACUAGACACAGACUCCUCUCCUCCACCUGCUCCUCUGACCCCUCCUCCUGAACCUCCAGUCACUGCUGAGGAGCCGACCAAAGAACCAGACUCGGCUGUGGUGUCAUGUCCACCUGCUCCUCUGACCCCUCCUGCUGAACCUGCUCCAGUCCUGCAUGGUGAGGAUAUCUGUGGGCUGCCUACCAGACACUCUGCUGUGGUUUCAGUUCCACCGUCUCGUCUGACCCCACCUCCUGUCACCACUGCAAAGCAGGCUGACAUGGCCCUGAGCCAGGAUGAGGCCAAAACACAGACUGACGUUGGAAUUCAAGGCCUCUUCAGUUGGUUCAGAAAAACUUUCUGCAGCUGCUUUCUGCUUGACAAUGCAGCAUAAAAGCUAUUCCUCAUUUUGAUUAUUAUAUAUAUAAUAUUGUUUGUUUGCAUUUUCAAAAUAUUAAAUUCAUUUUUGUAUU